GCAAACUGCUCACACGACUCUUGUUGAACAACAAAAUCUAAGUGAUGUAUGUCCUCUGUCAGCUUAUACUAUUGCAGGAAAGUGCAUGGUGACGUUAAGGCGUCAUAUCUGCAUCAAGUGCUGAGAAUCAUUUCUGUCUUCCAAGAUAUGGAACAACCUGUAAGAUUCCGAGUCCUCAUUCACCAUGAAGCCAAGGAGGUAACACUCAACAGUGGAAUACCCUCAACUGUGGCAGAGUUGGUUGAAGCCAUCAAGCAGCAUCUUUCCAUAGCCACAGAUAUAAGUCUUCAGUAUAAAGAUGCCGACUUUGAUGACUUCUUCACACUUACAUCUACAAAUGACCUGAAAGAUAAAGACACACUCAAAGUAGUGUAUGCACCAAUAAGCUUGACACUGACAGCUGUUCCCCAGGAAAGCACCCCUGAUGUCUCUGAUAUGAUGUCCUCAUGUGAGUGUGAGAGUCUGUCUGUGGACUCAAACGAUACUGUGAUUAUGAGUCCAUCGCCUUUUGAAAGGCAGAGCCCAUGGCCAGCUGUGUUUCCCAUUCCAAAUUUUUCACACAACACUGAACUGGCUUUAAGAGAAGGCAAUUACAUUUAUUUAAGAGAAGGCAUCCCACUGACAUCCCCAAGUGUCAAAUCUGACAUCCUGGAGCGCCUGGCAGAGGCCAAGUUUUCUUGCACAGCUUACCGCAAUGAUGCCCAAAGAAGUGCAGUAGCACAGGCAUUAGUUGAUAAGCAUCCCUGCCUAAAGGAGCCUGGAUCUUUUAAUGGAAUUUAUGGGUGGCAGCAGAGCCUUAAAUACAAAUGUGGAAACUACCGGACCAAACGUAAAGCGCUGGGAAGCUCUGAACUCCUGAUAAACAUGCUGAAACACAAGCCAGAGGAUGAAAGAAAAGUUGCAAAAAAUAUCAAGAAACCAAAGAGGGCAGAAAUAAAUUACCUGCCCUCACAUCCACCUGGUGAAACAGAUGAAACCCUUGAAAGUCUGAGACUUGACCUAAUCACUGCCAGCAAGAAAAAGGACAGUGUCAAAAGCAUAAAUAACAUGAUGGCUCAGAUGUACAGCUGGAGAAGACAGGAAGUGGUAUCCCAGUCCCCAAGUGCGGCAGAGUUUAAAGAACGUUGGCCUGCUCUCUUUGAACCACUCCAGAUAAACGCAGAGUUCCUAAGAUGCACAGCUGUUCCACUGGAAUCAACAUUUAUGUCCCAGCUGGAUAGGUACACUCCAAAACUCCUGGAACUGUUCAAUGCGAAGGGGGGAGCUGUUGGACAGCGCAUUAAGAACUUGAUGAUGGAACUGGUACAGGACCCAAGUGUUUAUCCAUUGAAGAAGAGAGACAUUACCUUGAGAUGCCUCAUCGAAUACAUGGGAGAAAGUGGACAGGAGCUAAUUUCUGACUACCAUGGGACAGCAGAGACCACUGUGCAUGAGGACUUGCAGAUGCACUCAAUGAAGAUAUACGUUUGCCAUGCACCAGACGCUGUAGGCAUCAUCAUUGAGGGAAUCCCAGUCCUUACCAAUGUUGGAAAUCUUGCCAAAGCCUGCUGCUUACUCCUUGGGGUGACCUAUGCACUUAACCUCCAAUACCCAUCAAAACUUGCAAAAACAUUUGAAGUCUUUCAAAGAUUUUUUGUUGGACUGGACACGCUUCACCCAAAACCAAGCUCCAAGUUCGUUGCACUGAAAAACAAGUUGCUUUCAUAGGCUGGUCCUGAAACAGCUGUUUUGCUGCCUGUUCAAGACUGUUCUGAAUGUUUUGAAGCCAGAUGACUGAAAUUUCUUAGUGUUUUAUAGAUUUUUCUAUUAGAAAGGUUUCAUCUUGUUAGUGAACUAACCUGUGUAAAUUGUUCAGUGAAAAUGUUUUAUACACACUAAAAUGUUUUAUACACACUAAAAUGUUUUAUACACACUAAAGCCUUAUGUGGCAGUAUUCAAACAAAGGCCAGUUCUUCCUGUUUCCUCUCCUUAAUUUUAUUUUUUUUCCAUUGCUUUGGGCACUGAUGUUGGAGGACACAGAGUUGACUAAGUUAUGUUAUGUAUGGCCAAACAUUUAACACUAUAAGUAUUAAGCGAAAUUGCUCAUCGAAACAUUUUCUGGUGCACUGAAUCCUCUAUUUAAAUGU